AUAUCACCAGGAAAGGCAGCAAACCGUACUGCUUCACAAUAUAACAAUAAUUACAAUGUAACAGACAAUUUUCAAGAGAUAAAACCUAUUUUUAAGAAUUAUUGGAAUUAUGUGGCGCGAGAUGAUGCUACGAAAUCCUGUGCAGUGAGCGAAGAGAACUUCUUAGACGAUCUUUUAAGUUUUUUUGCUGCUAUUGUAAAUAAUAUUACGGAAAUGACAUCCUUUACUAUGCUUAUGCUGGCCACGCAUACAGAUGUACAAGAAAAACUGCGGCAGGAAAUAUCAGCCACAUUCAAUAAUGAUAAGGUUGAUGCCCGACGACUCUUUGGCAUGCAAUAUUUUUAUAUGGUGUUUCAAGAGACUUUAAGAUUGUUUCCUAUAUCACCUGUCAUUAUGCGUCAACUUACAGGAGAUAUAGAACUUGAAUCGUGUACUUUGCCGGAGGGAUGUUACAUUAUGAUUCCAAUAUUUUCUAUUCAUCGUAAUCCUGAGUACUGGCAUAAGCCGUUGGAAUUUAUUCCUGAACGAUUUUCGGCCGAAAAGUCAUCAAGUCGUUUUCGUUAUACAUAUAUUCCGUUUGGUACAGGCCUCAGGGAUUGCAUGGGUGAAUAUACUAAUAUAAACUAUUUAUUUUGAGAA